UGGCGCCCUGCGGAUGUAGGCGAGACGGUCACAGUGCCCUGUCCUAAAGUGUUCAGCAACUUUUACAGCAAACCAGCACCAGCCAUUGCCGUGAUCACCAGCAUAGCUACUGUCACACCGCACCUGUGCCUUGUUGACACGCGCUCCCGCGAGCCAGCGAGGCCCUGCCCAACCCAGGCCUCAAGGGUGGGAAGCCCAGCAGGCGAACACCCUUACCUCCAAGCACUGCCGACGCCGUCGCUACUAAGGCCAGCUGUCGUGGACCCGCAGACCUGACACCUGAACUUUACCUUCCAGGAAACAUAAGCAAAAACUGCACAAGUGAUGGGUGGUCAGAGAUGUUUCCGGAUUUCAUAGACGCGUGCGGGUAUAAUGACCCCGAGGACGAGAGCAAGAUCACGUUUUAUGUUCUGGUGAAAGCCAUUUACACGCUGGGCUACAGCGUCUCCCUGAUUUCCCUUACGACCGGAAGCAUAAUUCUUUGCCUCUGCAGGAAGCUGCACUGUACCCGGAACUACAUCCACCUGAACCUGUUCCUCUCCUUCAUCCUAAGAGCCAUCUCAGUGUUGGUGAAGGACGAUAUUCUGUACUCCAGCUCAGGCACGCUUCACUGCCCCGACCAGCCAUCCUCCUGGGUCGGCUGCAAGCUGAGCCUGGUGCUCUUCCAGUACUGCAUCAUGGCGAACUUCUACUGGCUGCUGGUGGAAGGGCUGUACCUGCACACCCUCCUGGUGGCCAUAUUCUCCCCCGGCCGUCGCUUCGUGGCCUAUCUCCUAAUCGGCUGGGGCAUCCCCACCAUCUGCACAGGCGCAUGGACUGCAGCCAGGCUCUCCUUAGAAGACACAGGUUGCUGGGAUACCAAUGACCACAGUGUUCCCUGGUGGCUUAUACGAACACCGAUUUUAAUAUCUAUUAUAGUCAAUUUUGUCCUUUUUGUCAGUAUUAUACGAAUUUUACUCCAGAAGUUGACAUCCCCAGACAUCGGCGGCAACGACCAGUCACAGUAUAAGAGGCUGGCCAAGUCCACUCUGCUGCUCAUCCCUCUGUUCGGGGUGCACUACAUGGUGUUUGCUGUGUUCCCUAUUGGCAUCUCCACCAAAUACCAGAUACUGUUUGAAUUGUGCAUCGGAUCGUUUCAGGGCCUGGUGGUGGCGGUCCUCUACUGUUUUCUCAACAGUGAAGUACGUGCUCUGUCACAGCAGGUGACAUUCAGCUUGUGCGGGAUUUCCUCCUGUGCCCCCCACCUGAACGAGAGCCCAGGUCUGCCGUCGGGGCAGCCCCGGUGCCCCGACGGCCAAGGCCGCCUCCUCCUCUCCACACCAGCAGCGUUGGUCGCCCUGGCCUCCCCCAGGCCCUGCUCAGGAAGGCUCCCCGGCUGGGUGGUUGGGAGGGACCCUGCCACCCUGCAUGGUCACCAUCUUGCUCCUUGACUGUGGACGUGAGGCUGACUGGGGGUGGGGGGCACACAGAUGAGAAGCUUGUUCCCAGAGUCCACUGCCCACAGUGAAUAUCCAUGUGCGAGCCCCCCAGGGCCCCACUCUGCUGAAUGUCGUUUCCCACGUCCUUCACCUGCCCAACCUCGCGUGGCCAGCGCCACCCCCGACCCUUCCUGCCAUGCACCUCUGCUAACACGCUCACCACGUCCCUCUCCCCACCAUCAGUCCAAACGCCCUUCACCUCUGUCAGUGGCUCCCAAGCACCGAGUCCCCACCGGUGUCAGGAAACCCCUGGUUCCUGCUGUUUGGAGCUCGCUGUUGGGGCGUCACCUUCUGUACCCACAGGUCCCCCCGAGGAGAGGAGUCGGCCACAACCUGUCCGGGCCGGCCUGGCACGGGCUGCUUCUCUUGAGAGCGCCUGAGUUUAUGUUUCCAGCUUACACCCCGUGUGACCCCCGCUUCCUCACUGCUUUGCCCUCACCGCAGGUGCAGAGCGAGCUGAAGAGGAAGUGGCGGGGCUGGUGUCCGAGCCGGCCCUGCGGCCGGGACUACAG